UCGCGCAGGCGAGCCGGAAAGGCAUGUACGCAUUGCCAUGAGAAACGGAUCAAAUGUGACGCCAUGCACCAGAUGCCGUGCACUCCCUGCGUGCGAGGUCGCCACGCGGAUUGUGUGCUCCGGGAAACGAAACGUGGGACGUACGCCCGGAGCGCCCUGCGAAGACUUCCCCCUGGAUCCGAUGCUGCUGCCCCUUUCGCAACCGGUUCCUCUGCGCCGGACUUGGCCACGUUAAGUUCAGGAAGCAUCGGCCAUGCCCGUCAUCAGCCCGGCAUCGAAGCCUCCAGCAAUCAGGCUCAGAGCAGGCUUACAGCGAGUGAGCCUCCUCAGACCCCGGUUCCAUCGGCGACGCCAGGCGACGCCUCCUCCUACCAACAGAUCUCGUGGUCUGCCAUGUUUGACCACUUCUUGAACAACCGCGAGAACGCACGGGACUGGAUCGACAAAUGCUCGAUUACGUACCUCGGCGAGUCCUUCCCCCUCACCAUCGUCUUGAGUGGCCUCAAGGACGGCAGGCAGCCGAGAUUACACCACCUCGGCCCUCCUUUCCCGACAACCCAAGGAGAUUCCCCCGCUCCGUCAGCACCGACACAUAUGCUCCCGGAGGACCUCGAAUAUCUCCGGGCCAAGGGCGUGUUCAAUCGGCCGGGCAAGGCCCAUCUGAACGCCCUAAUGUCGGUCUUCCUGGACCACGUCUACCCGCUCUACCCGAUCGUCAAUCGCCAGGAACUGAUCUACCAGUACAAGAACGACCAGCUGUCGUUACUUCUCAUGUACGCCAUCAGCUUUAUGGCGGUGACCUUCGCGCCCUCGUCCGCCGUGACUCUUCUCGGCUUCCAGACCCGACCCGAGGCGCGUCUGUUCUUCUACAAGAAAGCCAAAGCGCUCUUCGACAUGGGCUACGAAACCAACAAGAUCACCCUCCUGCAGAGCACAUUCCUUCUGUCCUUCUACGGCGGCGGCCCGAACACCUACUGGAACUUUUACUCCUGGAUCAGCACGGCAGUGACCAUUGCCGAGGCGAUGGGAAUCCACCGCUCCACUCUCGCCGUGCCCAACAUGCAACCCCAAGACAAAAGCCUCAUGCGACGAUUAUGGUGGGCGCUGGUCGCCCGUGACAGCAUCUGCGGCACCCUCGUCGGACGUCCAUUCCGCAUUGACCUCGACCAAGCCGACGCAGACCUACUAACCAUCGAGGACUUCGCGCACGAUGCCAUGACCCCGGACUUCUUGCAUGACUCCUUGGCACAGCGAUACGCCCAAUACCAAAUCGAGACCGCCAAGCUGUCCCGGCUCAUGCGAGAGAUUAUUAGCAGCCGCUUCUACCCCGGCCGACAGCCCGUAUCGUCUUCCAGCCUCUUCGGAAAGCUCACCUGGUGGAAAGCCCAUCUCGUCCCGACUUUAACCUGGGACGACCAGGUCCCAGAUCCCGCAAACCCGUUCUCCAUGGCCUUGUCGGUCCAAUACAACCACCACCUCAUCUUAAUCUAUCUUGGCCAUAUGCGCGGAGAGGAUCCCCGUCGUCGCGAUCAGCGCGAGGUCGACGACAUCAUCGACACGGCCGCAGAUCAUAUCACCACUGUCAUGUGCAUGCUCGUAACCAAAGGGGCGUUACUGAGCGUGCCGCAUGAGCUCUACCAUGGUAUCUUCCUCGCGCAGGCGGCGUUCUAUGAGCGGAUGCGGAGCUCGAAUAAAAUGGUUGCGCGGCUGGGUCGGACGGCGCACAACUCCUGCCAGAUGGUGCUAAAGACAGUGAGUGAGUUUUGGGAUUGUGGGACGUUUAUUCUGCAGCUGUUUGAGAACCUGUCGAGUCGGUGUUUGGAGCAGCCGGCGGCGACAGGCGAGAGUGCUGUCGGUGUGGCGGAGGCAGCGGGCGGCAUGAACGCU